UGUAAUUUGGUUCGUCUUCUUCCUCACUCGGUUCUCAACUGCCCAAAACCAAACCCAGUGAGUGUUUCCUGUUAACGGUUACUUCUAAAUCUUCCAACAUAUCUCUCAUACCCUCUUUGUGCCUUAUCGUCUCCAUCUCCUUAUUCUCCUAUUCUCCAACCCCUCACCUUAAACAUUUCUUUAACACCCUUUCUCUUCAGCUCCCAAAACAGCCCUUCAAACACAGAUCUUAGAGAACCAACAAAGUCUCAAGGUUUGAGCUGUUUCAAACUCAAAAUCGUUGGCGUUUGAAGCCUUUUUACAAUGAAGAAGCAAAAAUCAGUCGGUGAAUCCAUAUACAACCACUUUGAUGUUCUGUCUGAAGAAAUAGUUUUUUCAAUUUUAGAUUGUCUUAAUGACAACCCACUUGACAAAAAAUCAUUUUCCCUUGUAUGCAAAUCUUUCUAUGCAAUCGAGUCUAGCCACCGUAAAACCCUGAAACCUCUUCGUUCAGACCAUUUAACCAAGAUUCUAACCCGAUACCCAUACGUAUCCCAUCUUGAUCUCUCUCUGUGUCCUCGAAUCACCGAUGGUUCCCUUCAUUUCAUCUCGGUUAUUUGCAAAAACAUGUUAAGGUCAAUCGAUCUUUCGAUGUCAAAGUUUUUCACUCAUGUGGGUCUGUCAAAUUUGAUGAUGAAUUGCACUAAUUUGGUUGAGAUUGAUCUGUCCAAUGGCACAGACUUGAGGGACUCAGCCGCAGCAGCUAUUGCCGAGGCCAAGAAUUUGGAGAGGUUAUGGUUGACGAGGUGUAAGAGUAUUACAGAUAUUGGGAUCGGGUGUAUAGCAGUUAGGUGUAAGAAGCUGAGGUUGCUAAGCUUGAAAUGGUGUGUAAGUGUUGGUGAUUUAGGGGUGAAUUUGAUUGCUGUCAAGUGUAAGGAGAUUCGUAGCUUGGAUCUCUCUUACUUGCCGAUUACAAAUAAAUGCUUACCAUCGAUCUUAAAAUUGCAAUAUCUCGAGGAUUUGGUUCUAGAAGGAUGCUUUGGUAUUGAUGAUGACAGCCUUGCAGCCCUUAAACAAGGGUGCAAAUCGCUAAAGACUCUGGAUAUGUCAAGUUGUCAAAAUGUCAGUCACGUUGGUUUGUCUUCUCUAACCAGCAGCACUGGAUACCUACGGCAACUGAUCUUAGCAUAUGGUUCUCCUGUAACUCUUGCUCUGGCUGAUAGUUUGCAGAAGCUUUCAAUGUUGCAAUCAAUCAAACUUGAUGGUUGCUUGGUUACAUGUUCUGGGCUCAAGGCCAUUGGAAACUUGUGUAUAUCACUGAGGGUGCUAAGCUUAAGUAAAUGCUUGGGAGUGACAGAUGAAGGUCUGUCCUCCCUUGUAACAAAACACAAAGAGUUGAGGAAGCUAGACAUUACUUGUUGCCGCAAGAUAACUCAUGUUUCAAUUGCCCACAUUACAAAUUCUUGUGCCUCCCUUACAUCCCUCAGGAUGGAAUCAUGUACCCUGGUUCCAAGAGAAGCUUUUGUUUUGAUUGGACAGCGUUGCCUUCUUCUUGAGGAGCUUGACCUUACCGAUAAUGAAAUUGACGAUGAAGGCCUGAAGUCCAUCUCAAGGUGUUCCAAACUCUCCAGCUUAAAGUUAGGAAUUUGCCUGAACAUAAGUGAUGAGGGGCUUACCUAUAUUGGCAUGUAUUGCUCAAAGCUUAUAGAGCUCGAUUUAUACAGAUCUGCAGGAAUUACGGAUUUGGGUAUUUUACCCAUUGCUCGUGGUUGCACUGGCCUUGAAAUGAUUAAUAUGGCCUAUUGUACAGAGAUUACUGACCACUCCUUGAUAUCAUUGUCAAAAUGUGUCAAGUUAAACACACUUGAAUGUCGAGGGUGUCCUCUUAUCACGUCCUUAGGUUUAGCAACUAUUGCUGUUGGAUGCAAGCAACUCACCAAGCUUGACAUUAAGAAGUGCCACAACGUCAAUGAUGCUGGAAUGAUUCCACUAGCUCACUUUUCUCAAAACCUCAGACAGAUAAAUUUGUCAUACACCUCUGUCACAGAUGUGGGGCUCUUGUCCCUAGCCAGCAUCAGCUGUCUACAGAGCAUGACUAUCCUCCACCUGAAGGGUUUAACUCCACGUGGACUAGCAGCUGCACUGUUGGCAUGUGGAGGACUAACAAAAGUGAAACUCCAGGCAUCCUUUAGAUCAUUGUUCCCACAACCCCUUUUUGAACAUCUAGAGGCCCGUGGUUGUGCUUUUCAAUGGAAAGAUAAAGUGUUUCAGGUUGAAUUAGACCCAAAGUGCUGGAAGCUGCAAUUGGAAGAUGUAGAAUAGAGACUGCUGAAGCUUAUGUUCGGCUAAGAAGGGUAGGCUCUCGUCUGUGGGUAACCACUUUCUGAAGCUUCCAUUAGCUUGACUAGUAUAUGUUGCCCACCUCAAAGGGAAAAGUGCAACAUGCAAAUCCUGGUUGGUAGUAUUGUUAGACUUUAGCAGUUCUCAUAACUCGAGUUCAAUGCUGUAGUGGAUCAUGGCGUUUAAGUAAGUUUAAUCAAACGUCAGGUGACCGAAUUGUUUAAGAGAUUUGAGAGUAUCUUACUCCAACUGUCAUGGAUGGAAUCCAAUGUUCUAUUCUGAUUAACCUACAGAUUGGUUUUGUAAUUGCGGUUUGAAUAGUGUUAUAUUAUGGUCAGUCAGACCUUUGUUAAAAGCAGAGGUUUACAACAACGACAAUUAUGUUUGUGCAUUUCUUUCUGAGUAUAGAUCAUGUGAAACAGCUUCCACUUAUUUGUAUAUUUCAUAUUGUGGCGAAGAGAUCAUAAGGUUUAGGUUUUAACUGCAUAAGACGGCGU